GCCUUGAUAUGCGCCAAUUGUCGCACCACAACAACACCCCUGUGGAGAAGAGACGAAGCAGGUAAUACGAUCUGCAAUGCUUGCGGAUUGUAUUACAAACUACACAAUGUCCAUCGGCCAGUGAGCAUGAAACGAAGCGUGAUUAAACGGAGAAAAAGA